UGGGGAAACUGAUUUGAGCUUCGGUCCGUGUCCUUGCUAUUCUCGAAUAAUUUUGUUCCCUUCGGUGUUUUUCAGGUUUUAAGAGGAAAAAGUUUGUGAAGGAAUAUGAGGUACUAACUCUUUCCUCUCGCCUGGAGAAGCUAUACAAGAUGUCAAAAAAAAAAAUGUUGACCCUGGGGCUUGAACUUAACCGACUCAAUCUAUGUGUUAUUUCUUUGCCUCAUCUGCGACAGUACUAGAAUAGAAACCUUACUACAGUGCGCAAGAAAUCUGUCUCUGCCUUGGUGGAUCGUGAUCAGGAGAAAACUCCACCUGCUACUUGCGACAUGUCUCCGAAGAAGAAGGAGAAGCUUAUUUCAACUGCCAUGAAGAGAACUAGUGAAUGGGUUUUCUCUCAUGGGAUUCCAAGUGAUGUUACAGUUCAAGUUGCAGAGGCUUCCUUUUUCUUGCAUAAGUUUCCAUUAGCCUCUAAGUGUGGAUACAUAAGGAAACUGAUCUCAGCAUCUAAUCAUACUGAUGCUUCCAUCAUUGAACUCCGUGAUGUCCCUGGUGGGGCAGAAGCAUUUGAACUGGCAGCGAAAUUCUGUUACGGGAUAAAUUUUGAGAUGAGCGUAGAAAACAUUGCUAUGCUUCGCUGUGUUGCAGAGUAUCUUGAGAUGACAGAGGAUUACUCUGUUAGAAACCUGGUGGGAAGAACCGAUGCUUACUUGAAUGAAGUAGCACUUAAGACUCUUCCAGGGGCUGUGUCUGUAUUACACAAAUCAGAAAACCUUAUUCCUAUAGCAGAGAGAGCAAAACUGGUAAGCCGAUGCAUAGAUGCCAUUGCAUAUAUGGCAUGCGAGGAAAGCCAACUCUAUACUUCUAGAGAUGAGAGUGGCACAGAGGAUAUAAUUUCUUCCAUGGCAUCUCAUCAAAGGGACAUAAUCGAUUGGUGGGCUGAGGAUCUAACGGUUCUCAGAAUAGACAUUUUCCAGAGAGUACUCAUUGCGAUGAUGGCCAGAGGGUUUGAACAGUUUGCUCUUGGUCCUAUGCUGAUGCUUUAUGCGCAGAAAUCUCUACGAGGAAUUAAUUGUGAAGGGAAGAAGAUUGAGGCUGGAGAAGAGCACGAAAAGAGGGUUGUUUUAGAGACAAUAGUGAGCCUUUUGCCAAGGGAAAAGAAUGCAGUUUCGGUGAGCUUUAUAUCUACGCUGCUUCGGCAAGCUAUAUAUCUGGAGACAACAGUUGCUUGCAGGCUUGAUUUAGAGAAGAGGAUGGCGAUGCAGUUAGGACAGGCUGCUUUAGAUGAUCUUCUUAUUCCUACUUAUUCACUCACAGGAGACACAUUGUUUGAUGUGGAUACAGUGCAGAGAAUCUUGAUGAAAUACCAUGAAUCUGAUGCAGGGAAAAACUUGGCCUCCAGUGCAGAUAGCGAAUACUUUUCUCCUCCACAAACUGACGUGGAGUGGGUGGGAAAGCUAAUAGAGAACUAUCUUGCUGAAAUAGCCACUGACCGUAAUUUACCAGUUACGAAAUUCGUGAGCCUUGCUGAACUAAUUCCCGAACAAUCAAGGCCAGUAGAAGAUGGGAUCUAUAGGGCCAUAGACAUCUAUCUCAAGGCUCAUCCUGCUCUAAGUGACAUGGAAAGGAAGAAAGUUUGCAGUGUCAUGGACUGUCAGAAGCUAUCUCGGGUGGCUUGCUCACAUGCUGCUCAAAAUGAUCGUCUUCCUGUUCAAACUGUGGUUCAAGUUCUUUAUUAUGAACAGCAACGUCUUCGCGACGCCAUGGAAGGCUCUCCUUCUGCACCUUCCAAGUUCAGUCUAUACCCAGCUGAUGCUGAUCACUUUCCAAAUGACGUCUCCAACUUAAAAAAGGAAAAUAAGGAGCUAAAAUCAGAACUUGUGAAAUUGAGAAUGAAACUAAGAGAGAUUGACAUGUCCACGCCAAUGUCAGCAGUUAAUAGUCCUGCUUCAAAUGCUUCACCUUCUGCAGAUAAGUUCCUUGUGCCUCGAAAAUCUCUCAUAAACUCUCUAUCCAAAAAAUUACUUACAAGGCUUUCUCCUUUUCUGCGAGCCAAAGAUCAGACAAAAUCCAGUAAAAAUCGACGCCACUCUAUAUCUUAAAGACCAUUGAAGAAAUUAAUGAGUGCCCGACAAGGAGCCAAAUGCAGCUCAUGAAAGUUGGCGUGUCAAUGAAUUUUGCCACUGCAACACCCAUUUCAUUGAGCUUUUAUAUUAGCUCUUUACCUUAAAUGUAUAGUAAGUGUGCUGAAGAAUUUUAUUCUGUGUGAUGCUCCUGUAGAUUAUAUCGCCACGGUUCUGUUCCUUUCAUUCAGAACUGUAUUGUAAAGGAUUGUGUGAAAUACGGUGGGAUUUCUGGGUGAUUACUUGAAUUGCAGUUUCGCUGUUGAGAGACAAUAAUGGUCUAACGCCAGAAUGAUCCCGACAGUUGACAUGGCAAGUGAUAUAGAGGGAUCGUUAUUACAGUUUUCCAUGAUGGUGGAAAUAUGAUAGGAACACAUUUGAUUUCCUUAUUAAGUCCACAAAUAUUUUAGCAGUUGAUCGGUGACAUGUGGGUCAAGAUGUGCAUUAUAACAAGCCUAGAUCUUCCAAAAUAUAAAAAGGACCACAAGUUCAAUGAAUA